AUGGGCAGACUAUCCAAAAAUAGCAGCAAGGAUUAAUCAAAGCAGCAAAAGUAGGCUGAAAAAAAGAAUUCUAAAUCAACAAAAAAGCAAAAAAAGGACCUUGAAGAAGAAGAGGAAGAUGAAGUAGAAGAUUAACUUGAUAAUGAAGAUAAUGACCUGCAAGAAAACAAUGAUGAUGAAGAUGAUGAUGAAUAAGACAAAAACGGUGGAUCAGAAAAUACUGAAAAGAAAAUUACAUUAUAUGAUUUAUUGGAUAUAGAAAAGGAUGCUACUAUUGAAUAAAUAAAAAAAGCAUAUAAAAAAUUAGCACUUAAGAUCCAUCCAGACAAAAACAAAGAUGACCCUCAAGCUAAAGAAAAAUUUUAAAAGAUAGUAGAAGCAUAUAAUAUAUUGAGUGAUCCUGAAAAGAAGAAAGUUUAUGAUGAAACUGGAUCAUAUGGCGACGAUUUUAAUUAACAUGCAUUCGAAGCAGCUUAUAAUUUUUAUAGAGCAAUUUACAAAAAAAUAGAAAAAGAAGAUAUUAUUGAAUUUGAAAAAAAAUAUAGAGGCUCUGAUAUGGAAGAAGAAGACUUGAUAAAUUUUUAUAACGAAAAUGAUGGCGAUCUCACUACUAUUCUUGAGUGUAUUCCUUUAAGCAGAAAUGAAGAUGUUGAUAGAUUCCUUCAAAAGUAUGAAGAACUCUUCAAAGCCAAUAAACUAAAAAAAACUAAAGCAUUCGCUAAAACAAAGAGUAAAAUUAUUUUGUUGGAAGAGGAUGAAGAGGAAGGAUUCGAAGAGUAAUAGAAUGGAUUAAAAGAUUUAGCUUAAUAAAUAUUAGCUAAAAAGGGAGACGCUUUAAGCUUUUUAGAUUCAUUAGCUGAAAAGUAUGGAGGACUCUCUAGCAAAAAAACUAAAAAAGCUGACACUUCUUCUGGUAAAAAAUCUAUGAAUGGAUAGAAAAAAAAAUGA